CAGCCGAAAUGCAGUCUCAGAGGAUCCCGGGGAGAAAGCGAGGCCGACCCCCACUUCACUCAACACCUAUGAAGAUGGCAGUUCAUAACCUUUAUUCUGCUUCAGCUGGUUCUUUACCAGCAGUGAAGAUCCCAAAGAAAAGAGGGCGGAAACCCGGGUACAAGCUCAAGUCUCAGGUUCUCAUGACGCCUUUAGCCCUCUCACCCCCGCGGAGCACGCCGGAGCCCGACCUCAGCUCCAUCCCUCAGGAUGCAGCCACCAUACCCAGCUUGGCAGCGCCACAGGCUCUCACAGUCUGCCUCUACAUCAACAAGCAAGCCAACGCAGGGCCGUACCUGGAGAGGAGGAAGGUACAGCAGCUCCCCGAGCACUUUGGGCCCGAAAGGCCGUCGGCUGUCCUGCAGCAGGCUGUGCAAGCGUGCAUCGACUGUGCCCACCAGCAGAAGCUGGUCUUCUCCCUGGUCAAGCAGGGCUACGGUGGUGAGAUGGUGUCAGGUAAAGCCCUGGAGCAGGCUGAGCAAGAUAUUUUCACCUUUAUCAUGUCUGACUGCUGUCCAGUCACAUCUGCCUGGCCUGGCUGUAUCAGGCCAGACCCAUCUGUCUUCCUGACAUCUUCGCAGCAGCUGGAGGGGCUAGGAAGCUGCUUCAUUGUUCAGAGCCUGAAAAUAGGAUUAAGGAUUACUCGCACAAAGCUUUUGUCCUCAAGCCCUUCUCUGGACAGGCAGGACACCCGGCGGCCAAGGAGCAGGAACCCCUCUACCUGGUCCGUGGAGGAUGUGGUCUGGUUCGUGAAAGACGCAGACCCGCAGGCUCUGGGGCCCCACGUGGAGCUCUUCCGGAAGCAUGAGAUUGAUGGCAAUGCCCUCCUGUUGCUGAGGAGUGACAUGAUCAUGAAAUACUUGGGCCUAAAGCUGGGACCUGCACUGAAACUCUGCUACCAUAUUGAUAAACUGAAGCAAGCCAAGUUCUGAAGGUGUUUAAAAGAUAGAAGCAAAAUCCAGACAACAGACCUCCAGAUCAUCUUCUGCCUUACCAACAUUUGCCACCAUCACAAAGAUUCUCUCCUGAAAAAGAACAGCCACAAAGACUUGGUCUUUUUAUAAAACUCGUGCAUCUUGACCUUUUAAAAAAUUCAACAUGGCCCUUUUGAAAGGUUCUUCUGUGUUAAUGAUUUGCCAGAAAAUUACAAAGAAGCCUGUUAUUUUUAACAUUUCUGGUAGGUUGGUUGCUCUUAGGGUGGGUACUGUUUUUAUAAUGAGAGUGUGGGGAACUGAAUGCUAUCACCCAAGGAGGACACUGGAGACGUCCAAGGAUGUGAGAAGAACCUUUGUCCCUGCAGGCUCUGCGGGGACACCCACCGCAGCACUACCUGUCUUUAGCUCUGACUUGGGGACCCUAUCAUUGUGAGUCUUGCUUAAUUCAGCUCUGGAAGCUGUCUUCUGAGGAUAAAUACCUCACCUUGCACUAUCUGGAAAACUUGAAUUCUUUUGCUCGCUGAAAGAGAAGGAAAAAAAAAUCUUUUCUAGUCCUAGUUAUCUGAAGUACUGUGUUGCCCCACUAGAGGGCAGACUGCUAAUGUAUUUUCGGGACCCUCACUUCAGCAGCCUGAUAUUCAAUACCCAGUGGAUGGAUUAGGGUUUCUGUGAACAAGACCUAGCCUACACAGACACAGGGAAUUUAUUCCACAGUCAGCACCACAGAUUGCAACUUGGGAAGAAACCAUCUUCUAGAAGGUUCUAGUUCAUAUCCAAUCAUUACUGACGGACUGAGGUGCACCAGCAGCAAAGUCAAGAAUUUGGAAGCACGUUCUUCCCAGAUGGGGCUUUGGAGUUCCUUCCCUUCCAGAGUCAUUACGGAGGUGUCGAUGUAUUGGCAUGCUGGAGAGCUUAGUGACAUUUAGUCAUGGUGUUUCUUUAAAAAAGAAGAAAGAUGUCUCUACUAAGCUUUGAAAUGGGAGAGUGUUGAUUUCUAGUUACAUCGUGGGAUUAUAUAGUUGUAUGUGUGGCUAAUUUUAAUAAUAGCAUGUACACAGACAUGCUCUUAUUGGGUUUAAUUCAAUUUACAAAUAGGUUUUCCUUUCUCACCGUGGAGUAAUAGAAAAAAACUGAUUUCUACCCUUUUGCAGCUGUGUCCAGGGACGGACAAUGAAUCCACAAUGUACUAGGCAGAAAGGCAGCCUUGUCUCCAUUCUUCUUUUUAUCCUUUUCCUUUCUCUCUCUCCCUGUCUCUUUUUUCCUUCCUCUCUCACUGAAUAGGAAACAUAUCCUCAAAAUGAAUUUGCCUUUGCCGUGGGCAUGUCCUCUUCCUUAAAAAACAUCCGUAGUGUUUUAAGGGAGGAGAUGAAUACUAGACUUUGUGAUCUCUGGGAGGGGGAAGAUCAAGGGCCACUCAGGGCCUCCCUUGGCCCAAAUGUAAAUCAGAAAAGGCACACCAUCCUCGGGAUGCAGCCUGGACGGGCGUCUUGGCCGGUGAGUGGAGCAGGGUGGGAUUGCAGCCUUCUCACCCCUCCACCAGGUGACCUUGUGCAGGACAAGACCUGUACAAACUUGAGGGCAGCCCUGGGUAGAUUUGUAUAUUGAUCCUCUAUAAAUCAGUUAGAACUUGGAUGAGGAUCAUAAGAAACAUUCCAUGCCAUGCUCUUAGACCCACUUUGAUGAGUGGUAUUUGAGAAAGCACAUCAGAGCAAAAUCCUUUUUAGACACGCAAAUGGUGGCGGACUUAAAGCGUGACAGAAAAGGGAUACAGCAGAGUGUCCUAAAACUGCCCAUGGAACUGAGCUUGAGUUAUCAGGCUGUGGAAGAGCCGAAUGUCUGUUGGUCCUGGCACCUGACAAAACUACCCUGAAUCAGGCCUUGGGACAGCGUCUUCAAGAUUUUGAAACAAUAAAUUGACUCUGUCCCUCAAAGUUUGUAAAUCGUGAAGUGCUCACUGCUGAUCUGGAGAUAGAUAGUUGUCCUCAAAAGACCACGGAUAGUGUAUAUAUUCAGAACGGCCGGUGUGAAAACAGUGAGAUCCAGAAAAUCCCACGACAGCCUAUGUUCCUCACUCCACCAUUUUUGCUCAAUCCUCUGAAACUUGUGGUGCCUCUUGCAUCAACGUAUACCUCAUAUAGAGAUUUUCAAAACUUUCUACCAUUCUUAGCAGUGCCUCCCUCGGUACAAACACAUCAACAUUGGUGCCGCCAAAUCAAAAUCAUCUGCAAACAAUGUCAAGGAGAUACUCGGAGCAGUUUUCAGGGGAGAGAGAUUUUCCCAUCUCAAGUCUAGGAGAAAACUGGGUCCACGUUCAUGUGGAACUGCUCUCACAGAGAUGCUAUCUCAUUUUGCAUUAAACUUUAAGCAGGACAGAUUGCUGAAACCAUGAUAUUUAAGGUUUGACUUUUUAAAAAUCUCAUUACUCUUGAAAUGAAUGCUGCCACAUCAGAGAAUAACCUAAGGAGGAAAUUCUUCCUUGCCUGUUUUUGCACUGAAAUGCAGUUAGCCGACCAAAUUAUUGUUACAAUACUGCAAUUAAAUUAAUUUUCACCCCUUUCAAAAAUCUUGUCAAACAAGGCAGCUAAAUAGCUUAGCAAAUGUAAAACAUGCCAGGCCAUCUCCUCUAAACGGACCUUACAGAGUCAUGCCACGUGUGUCAUUCUCAUCUGAAUAGGAGCUUAUCUGGGGGCCCUUGAACUUGUACAGAUGUGUUACUUGUUAUUCCAUGGCAGUAGACUUGCUCCAGGUUGUGGUAAACAAUGAUAUAGUUUUGCAUAAUUUCAAAUUAGUGUGUGUGUAUGUGUGUUCAUGUUCCAAACAUUUCCAAUUACACUUGUUUGUUAAACACUUAAAAAAAAAUCUAGAGACAGUUCUAUUGCUUAAGGCAUUUAAAAUAUUUUAUGAGGCACAUUAUUCCCUUUGUGAAGACUUCAGGUAAAAGAAGUGCAUUUUGUCGUGUGUGUGUGUGUGUGUGUGUGUGUGUGUGUGUGUGUGUGUGUGUUUCCUGACACUGUAGUGGGAAGAGCCUUUGAAAGUGGCUUCGAGUGUAUCAGCUUUUGCAUUUGCUUGGUUUCAAAUGCCUUCCCAGCUUUGUAGCCCUGAGGCAGAACCCUCUCUAAGCUGUUACUGCCAAGUAUCCCCUCUAACACCAGCAGGGUGCGCCCUGGAGGCAGCUGGGGGACAGUGCUGGGGUUCUGGGCCUGCCCAGGUCAGGUGCUAACUGGACUCACCAAGCCAGCCCAGGCUCUGCUCCGUGUGACUAAGGGGACAGGCCUCGCCAGGGAGCCCAGUGAGCUGGUUUAGUGCUCACCGGAGCUAUACCGCGCUUCCAUCAUUUCCCUGCAGCAGGGCUGCUUCGUAUUUUCCUUUACAGCAGGAGAAAGGAGUGGGGAGCUCCUCAGGAAAACCAAAUAGGAUAUUAAAAUACACUGGGGAGGAAUACUGCGUGAGAAGGAAACAGUAAAGAAGGGAAGACAAAAAUAACUGUGCUAGGAAGACGAUAAGAGAGCACCUCUUCUAACAGGCCCAACCCUUUAAGCUGCAAUAACCUAUUUUUGUAUUUAUGUGCU